CUGGAGCCCGCAGUUCGUGACCUCAUUCGAGAGUACCACGACAUUUUCCCAUCGUCGUUCUCGUACGCCGGCAUCCCACCGAUGCGCGACGUCGAGCACUCCAUCCAGCUUGUGCCUGACUAUCGUGUUCACCACCAGGCACCCUACAGACUCUCGAUCCCCAAGGCUACCGAACUCAAGCAUCAGCUUGAGGAGCUCCUGAGACUGAGUUUCAUUAAACCCAGCAACUCCCCGUGGGGUGCACCCGUCCUCUUUGCUCGCAAAGCGGAUGGAACUCUCCGUCUCUGCAUCGACUAUCACGGCCUCAACCGCUACACGGUUAAGAACAGCUACCCCAUGCCCCGUUCCGACGAGCUGUUCGACCGCCUAGCAGGCAACCGCUUCUUUACGAAGAUUGAUCUUCGUAGCGGUUACCAUCAGAUCCGCGUCGCUGCAGCCAACCAGCCGAAGAUAGCGUUCCGAUCGCGCUUUGACUACUACGGGUUCAUGGUAAUGCCAUUCAGCCUCACCAACGCACCCGCUACCUUCCAGAGGGCGAUGAACGACAUCUUCAGGGACAUCCUGGAGCAGUACGUUCUCGUCUACCUCGACGAUAUCCUGGUCUAYAGUCGUACCCUUGAGGAGCACCUCAGACAACUCCGCGACGUCCUUGACCACUUGCGCAGACAUGGCUUCUACGCCAAGCUGAGCAAGUGCCGCUUUGCCCAGCACAAAGUGGAUUUCUUAGGACACUACAUGUCUGACCAGGGUCUCCAUAUAGACGGCGCGAAGAUCACUGCCAUUGCGGAGUGGCCCGUCCCCACAUCCGCCAAGCAGCUUCGCAGCUUCCUAGGCCUUACCAGCUAUUAUAGUAAUUUCAUCCAGGGAUACGCUAGGUAUUCCUACGUCCUUACCUCCACCCUCCUCCGAAAGAACCCACCUUGGGCUUGGACACCCCUUCACGAGGACGCCUUCUGCGCCCUCAAGAAGGCGGUGACAUGCGCACCGGUUCUUCACCUACCUGAUUUUGAUCGCCCUUUUAUCCGUACCACCGAUGCGUCAGACUUUGUUGUAGGAGCAGUGCUUUCUCAUGUCUUCCCUUCCUCCCCUGAUUCCUCUCAUCCUCGUAUCCCUCGCUUCCCACCACCUACCCCUACCACUGCUUCCCGACUGACGCCUACUCGUCCAGCUACUGACGAGCCUUCUAUUGACUAUUCUCCUACUAUCGUCGAGGACGGCACUGUCGAGUCUGCUCAGGUGAUUGUCCGAUAGCCUUCUACUCCUGUCAACUCCUGCCCGCCGAGAUAAACAACACCGCUGAUG